ACCAGAUUCUUACGGAUUCAUUGGCUCUCUAUCGGUAGGGGGUCCGGUCACCAUGCAUAUCUCGGUUCAAGCUGCCAGGUUUAUACCUCCCGACGGCGGCAACGAGACCUGGUCCGUUCACCAGAUCGCCCUCGCCGACUCGAAAGACAGCGAGGAAUCACACCGGUAUCUCUACCGUCGCAACUGGUCAACCGUCGCAUCCCUUCUAUCUUCAUUUCCACAGCUGCAGCUGUUCCAGAUUUCUUGCGGGGCGCAGGUUUCAGAAAUGAACUAUCUUACACUUUCUAACAAGGUCACCCGAGCUGUCAACAACCAUCCGGCCGUCAAGGUCAGACACAACCCCACAAUGCCAGACGGGAGGUUCUUGCAGCCAGCGUUGUUUAGCAUUCCCGAGAAAGAUUUGGCGGCAUGGAAGGCAAAAGUGUGUACUGAAAACGUUAACGUGACUGAUUCGCAUUAGGCUGAG